AGUGAAAGCACCCCUGGAGUCCGGCAUUUCGGAGGACACCCCACGCCCGAUCCCGACGACCAUCCAUCCCCCAUGGACCACGCCCCGCGCCACGGCGUCUCGCCGUCCUCCUCCUCCGCCGGCGCGGCCCUGGCGGCGCCGGUCCCGGCGACCUCGCCGGAGUUCUCGCUGCCGCCGAGCCGCCUCCCGCUGGAGGACAUCCUCUUCUGCGUCGACGUCGGCGCCGAGGCGCGCUCCGAGAUGAAGGUCGCCGCCGCGGUCGCGUCCCCCGCCUCCUCCGGCUCCCCCGGCCCCGGCGCGCUCAUGGAUCCGGCGGCGGCCCCCCGCCCCGCGCGCCCGCCGGUGCGGCGGAUGGACGCCAUCAAGCAGGCGCUGAUGCUCUUCCUCCACAGCAAGCUCACCAUGUGCCCCGACCACCGCUUCGCCUUCGCCUCCCUCGGCGACACCGUCUCCUUGCUAAGCAAAGAAUUCACCAGUGAUGCUGCUUCUUCAAUUGAGACAAUCCAGUCCCUGGCUGCUACUGAAACGAGAUAUGCAGUGGCUGAUCUCACUCAGCUCUUCAAGAUAGCAUACGAGGAAGGGUACAGGGCGGAAAGGCAAGGGCGAAUACUUAGAGUGGUACUCAUCUACUGCCGGUCCUCAACCAAGCCCCACCAUCACUGGCCCGUGAAGCCAAAGAACUUCACCAUGGAUGUAGUCUAUCUGCACGACAAGCCUGCUGCUGAUAACUGCCCACAAAAUGUGUAUGACGCGCUGGUUGAUGCCCUUGAGCAUGUCAGCCAGUACGAGGGGUACAUUCUUGAGAGCGGCCAAGGGCUUGCCCGGGUCCUGUUCCGCCAGAUAUGCAUCAUCUUAUCGCACCCCUUGCUGCGCUGCAUGCAGGAUGACCUUGACAUACCCAAGCAAGUUGUUAAGAAAAUUCUGGCCGUUGAAGGUGUGCAGAGUGAAGAUGGCGCUCCGGUCUCCAGCAGCCAGUAGCUAGUCACCCUAGUUCGAUGGUAUGUGUCCAUGAAGCCUGUUCUGUGUGUUGUUGUAAAUGGCCAAGCAACUAACAUUUUUACUGCUGUGGAGAGCUUGGGUUGGCAUUGAACUUGUAUAAAUUGAGCAUUUUUACCGCGUCAUUUCAGUCAAAGCAAUCGACCUUGUAUUUUUAUGGGUGUCGUGAAACGGUGAUGAAUCUGAUAGUAGCAUUUUCUGCUGA